AUGCUGGCCUCAGGGCUGCUUCUGGUGGCUUUGCUGGCCUGCCUGGUUUUAAUGGUUUUCAUGUCAGUCUGGUGGCAGAGGGAGCUCUGGGGAAAGCUGCCUCCUGGACCCACCCCAUUGCCCUUCAUCAGGAACUACCUGCAGCUGGACACAGAGCAGAUAUACGACUCCCUCAUGAAGAUCAGCAAGCGCUAUGGGCCAGUGUGCAUGGUUCACCUGGGGCCCCGGAGGGUCGUGGUGCUGCGUGGAUACGAAGCUGUAAAGGAGGCUCUGCUAGACCAGGCAGAGGAAUUCAGUGGACGAGGAGAGCUGGCCGUUGCUGACCGGAUCUUCAAAGGCUAUGGCGUGGCAUUCAGCAACGGGGAGCGGGCCAAGCAGCUCAGGCGCUUCUCCAUCACCACACUGAGGGACUUCGGAGUGGGCAAGCGUGGCAUUGAGGAGCGCAUCCAGGAGGAGGCGGGCUUCCUCAUUGAGGCCUUCCAGAGCAUGCGUGGCAACUUCAUUGAUCCCACCUUCUUCCUGAGCCAAGCUGUCUCCAAUGUCAUCAGCUCCAUUGUCUUUGGGAACCGCUUUGACUAUGAGGACAAAGAGUUCCUGUCACUGCUGCGUAUGAUGCACGGAAGCUUCCAGUUCACUACAUCUACGGGGCAGCUCUAUGAGAUGUUCUACUCAGUGAUGAAACACCUGCCAGGGCCACAGCAACAGGCCUUUAAGGAGCUGCAGGGCCUGGAGGACUUCAUAACCAAGAAGGUGGAGCAGAACCAACGCACCCUGGAUCCCAACUCCCCGCGGAACUUCAUCGACUCCUUCCUCAUCCGCAUGCAGCAGGAGCAGAAGAACCCCAACACGGAGUUCUGCUUGAAGAACCUGGUGCUGACCACGUUGAACCUCUUCAUUGGUGGCACAGAGACGGUCAGCAUAACCCUGCGUUAUGGCUUCCUGCUGCUGAUGAAGCACCCAGAUAUAGAGGCCAAGGUUCAUGAGGAGAUUGAUCGAGUGAUUGGCAAGAACCGUCAGCCCAAGUUUGAGGACCGGGCCAAGAUGCCCUACACAGAGGCAGUGAUCCAUGAAAUCCAAAGAUUUGCAGAUGUGGCCCCCAUGAGCCUGGCCCGUAGAGUUAUCAAGGAUACCAAGUUUCGGGGCUUCCUCAUCCCCAAGGGCACUGAAGUGUUCCCUAUGCUGGGCUCCGUCCUGAGAGACCCCAAGUUCUUCUCCAAUCCCCACGAUUUCAACCCCCAGCACUUCCUGGAUGAGAAGGGGCAGUUUAAGAAGAGUGAUGCUUUUGUGCCUUUCUCCAUUGGAAAGCGGCACUGCUUUGGAGAAGGCCUGGCUAGAAUGGAGCUCUUUCUCUUCCUCACCACCAUCAUGCAGAAUUUCUGCUUCAAGCACUCUCAGUCGCCCCAGGAUAUCGACGUGUCCCCGAAACACGUGGGCUUUGCCAGCAUUCCAAGAAACUACACCAUGAGCCUCCAGCCCCGCUAAGCCAGGGCUGUGCCAGGACAGGGCUAGUGGGAGCAGGAAGUCGGGGAGAGGGA